UUUCCAGUGAGUCAUGCUACAACUGCUCUUCAUCCGACUUGCUUGUCCAAGAGGCUUGAGAUAUAUACAUUCUGUGUCUUUACGCUUCAUUCUGUCGCGCAGAAACUGCGUGCGAGGAAUUAUCUGUGCCUGGUAGUUUCUCGACUACAUCCGAAAAGAGCCGAUCUACUUGCGCGCCUUACUCUCCCCGAGGUCCAGGUAUAGUUUGUCUAUUGUCAAUACUGGAAAGGUAUCGGAGACGACAAAGACAGGAUUCACGGGAGACUUCAUCCGACAAAAUGGCGGUUUCUGCUGUCACUACCGUCGCAGUUAUCACUUGCAUUUUGGUCCUGGCCUACAAGUUAAUUGUAUAUCCAGCCUUUCUAUCACCUUUGUCCAAAAUCCCAAAUGCACAUUGGACAGCGCCUGUAUCUCCCGCUUGGAUCAUAUGGAAACGGUAUCGGGCCUUGAAUAAUCGGACCAUCCAGGCGGCGCAUGAAAGGCUCGGUCCAAUCGUGAGACUAGGACCUUCGGAAAUCUCCAUCAAUUGCGUUGACGGUGGUAUCAAGAGCGUUUACACUGGGGGCUUCGAGAAACAUGAAUGGUAUCCACGCGUGUUUGGGUCUUUUGGGACCGUAAGCAUGUUCACUAUGACCGACAACAAGGCCCAUUCAAGCCGCAAGAGACUGCUGUCCAACAUCUAUAGCAAGUCGUUCUUACAGUCAUCACCGCAUGUCCAUUUGAUCUCCGAAACAAUAAUCCUCGACCGUUUUCUGCCCUUAAUCCACAAGGCAUUCUCGUCUGAUGCGCCGGUUGACAUACAUGAUUUAAACCAAGGCCUAACCAUGGACUUUGUAUCCUCGUAUCUCUACGGGCUGGCUAAUGGGUCGAACUUCCUUCAGAAUGAGCCCUUCCGCAGGAGAAUGCUACAUCUUUACCAAUGCAGAAAACCAUUCGAAUUCUAUCACCAAGAAGUUCCUGGUUUCCUGGCAUGGACAAAGAAGAUUGGACUUCGUCUGAUACCCAAAUGGUGCGACGAGGCCAACGAGGUUCUGGACGCAUGGGGACUGGAUUUCUGCGACAAGGCCGACGAAUGCAUGACGUCUACCAAUCUAGAAAAUGAGCCGAUGGUAUAUAAACAGCUCAAGCAGGGUCUCUUGAAGCAGCAGAAGGCCAUUGGUUCGUCGGAUGCAGACCCCGAGAAACAAAAAUGCGAGAUCGCCUGCGAACUAUACGACCAUCUCACCGCUGGCCAUGAGACUAGCGCAGUGGCUCUAACCUAUCUUUUCUGGGAGCUUUCUAAGCACCCUGCCCUGCAGAAAGAGCUCCACGAAGAGCUCCUGACCCUUGAGCCAAGACUUAAUUAUCCUCGUCCUGAUUCAUCCCGAGAACUUCCGUCACCCAAAUCAAUCGACUCAUUGCCUCUUCUCGAAGCCAUCGUUACGGAGACAUUGCGCCUGCAUGCGCCAAUUCCAGGGAUCCAGCCGCGCGUGACACCCUCCCCAAGCUGCAUGCUCGUAGGCUAUAGCGAUAUUCCGGCAAACACUAGGGUGAACGCGCAGGCCUACUCACUCCACCGUAACCCCACGGUCUUCCCCGAGCCUGAAUCAUGGGAACCGAAGCGGUGGCUUAAAGAUCAGAACACGGCCGCCGAGCUAGAGGAACGGCGACGGUGGUUCUGGGCUUUUGGCAGCGGUGGACGGAUGUGUGUUGGGAGCAAUCUAGCCCUGCAAGAGAUGAAAUUGGCUGUUGCAGCCAUCUACACGAACUUCACGACCUCUAUCGUCGAUGACGACGACAUCGAGGCGAUUGAUGCGUACACCGUCAAGCCUCGUGGCGAGAAGUUGAUCUUGCGGUUUGAAACUGUCUGA